CUUUCCGCUUCUUGCCCUCGUUUUUUCUCUGGCGACAUUCUUAUCGUGUUCCAGCGGGCGAGUCGAAUUUGGGGAUCGUUGCCUGUAGAUCCGGCGAACGCGAUCUGACCUCGUCGGUUGCGGGCGGCAGCCGGCUGAUCUAUGAGCGCCGUCUUACGGACCGGAGGAGGCUGGAGAUUGGGAGCUGCCUGCCGGCGAGCGGCGGCGGAUAGAUGCCCUUCUACAGAGAUCUAAGGUUCUCGGGGGCUGCGCUGCUUCUGGUGAUUCUCUUCGGGCCCGUGGUCGCCUUCGUGGUGCGCCGGCGAUGGCGCUUGGUGACGACGAGGCAGGAGGAGGUCCGGCGGUUGGCAUAUCUUGCGGCACAGGAAGCCGCGCUGGCGGAGAUGGAGGCGAUGGCAGCCUACUCGGUCACAUCUUCUGUGGGCAGCGCCUAUUCCUAUUCCGCUUCCGUAGCUAAGGAGCUCGCUCCGGAAUGUGCUGUUUGCUCUAUCCCUGCUAACGCGAGAUGUGCCCGAUGCAAAGCUGUCAGAUAUUGCUCUGGUAGAUGCCAGAUUUUUCAUUGGAGGCAAGGCCACAAAGAUGAAUGCCAACCUCCACCUGAUAAUGAUAAGGAUAACGUUGAAAACAAAUUGAGUUCUUCUGGUCUCAAGGGAGUGCAUUCUGAACAGUCUGAUUUAUCUGAGAAGAGGCUAGAUCCAAAAGAGGAUCUGUUAAAGGUUGAGACAUUUUUUGGGAGGCCUUCUGUGUCAAAAGUCACCUCUACUGAUAAUGAAAUUGAUGGAGGCAAACAUCUGGAUAUCAGUUCUAAGGAUAUUUCUGCAAAGAUUUUUUUCUCUGAUUCAUCAUUUUCACCAACAUUACCUACUCAUUCAACAUUAUCUCAGACCAUUGGUUCUCCUGAUGCUCCUUAUGCUAGCAUGUUAAUUCCGAAUAAUGUUGGGCUGGAAGAACCUCCUCCUGGUGGCUUCAUAUUUUCAAUUGACACUAACAAUGUAAGCACUAAAAUGCAUUCAACUCCUGAGUUAGCUAUGUCAAAUCCUUUGUCCAGCACUAGAUCCGAGAGAGUUGAUAAUGGGUUGAAUUCAAGUACAUCAUCAACACGUGAUUAUCCUCCAGCGGCUGCAUCAUUAGAAGCAAGAACUCAUGCAGAAAGAAAUGAGACAGAAAUUUCAAAAAAAGAAACAUCAGAGUCCUUAGCUUCGGCUCACUAUUCUACUAAUGGAGGUGCUAAAUCUGUUUCAUUCUAUGAAAGCUCAAAUGCUAAUGCUCAUAGAGGAUCUUUUGGACGAAAAAAUAUUCCUUAUGUAGCAAAUGGUCUUUCAACAUCAGUGAAACAAGUUGUUACUAAAGUUUCAAGGCACUAUUCUUCGGAAUUUAUGCUCUUUCCAUAUGAUCUUUUCAUCAAACUCUACAACUCUGACAAGAUUGAUUUGCAUCCUUGCGGUCUUAUUAAUUGCGGAAACAGCUGCUAUGCUAAUGCUGUUCUCCAGUGUUUGACAUUUACUCGGCCGUUGACGGCAUAUCUUCUUGAAGGUCUUCAUUCUAAAACAUGUCCAAAGGAAGAGUGGUGCUUUACAUGUGAACUUGAAAGCCUUGCGAGGACUGCAAAGGAAGGGAAAUCUCCUUUAUCACCCAUUGGAAUUCUCUCUCAUUUGCACAACAUUGGAAGUAAUUUUGGCCACGGACAGCAGGAAGACGCCCAUGAAUUUUUUAGGUAUGCUAUUGAGGCCAUGCAGUCUGUUUGCUUGAAGGAAGCUGUAGCAAAAGCAGAUGGAUUGUUGGAGGAGACAACCCUAAUACAGCAAACUUUUGGUGGCUAUUUGCGAUCCAAAAUAAGGUGCAGUAAAUGCAAGAACAAGUCUGAGUGGUGUGAAAGGAUGAUGGAUCUUACUGUUGAGAUAGAUGGCAAUAUUGCCACCCUUGAUGAUGCACUUCGACGUUUUACAUCUCAAGAAAUUUUGGAAGGGGAGAACAAGUAUAAGUGCGACAGAUGCAAGUCUUAUGAACGAGCAAAAAAGAGAUUGACUAUAUUGGAGGCUCCCAAUGUCCUGACCAUUGUAUUGAAAAGAUUUCAGUCUGGUAAAUUUGGCAAGCUCAACAAGCCUGUCCUGUUUCCUGAGUACCUUGAUUUGGCUCGUUACAUGAGCGGUGAUGACAAGUCCCCUGUUUAUCGGCUUUAUGCAGUAAUUGUUCACAUAGAUGUGAUGAAUGCUUCCUUUUCUGGACACUAUGUCUGCUAUGUGAAGGAUAGACAAGGCAAGUGGUACAAGAUUGAUGACAGCAAGGUACAACCGGUCGAGCUUGAGAAUGUCUUGUCCAAAGGUGCAUACAUGCUUCUUUAUUCUAGAUGCUCGCCUCGUGGUCCAAGUUUGGCAAGGAGAGCGAUGACCCAACUUGCACACACGGGGAAGAUCAUGAAGGAUGGUAAAGGAAAGCCUGGAGAUUCAUCAGUUGCUCACCAUGGAGAGCAAUUCUAUCCAUAUCCGUCAAAUCUUCGUCUUCACCUGAAUGAUUCCGCCAGUGACAAUUCUUCGCUCUUCGAUGAAGGUUCCACUUGCAGCACUGAGAGCACUAGGGACUCAACAAGCACAGAAGAGUCAUGGGAACACAUGUCUGGAGAAUCAGAUUAUUUCAUCUCAAAUAGCCCCAUGAGAAUCUCCGAGGAUUAUGAUGGAUUCACUUGUUAUCCUGUAGGGUCCCGGCAUUCCUCGAAAGCAGGGUCCCGGUAUUCCACACCAUCAGUGAGAGACUUAGAAUCAAAUGCUUGUUCCACAGGCAGGGAAAUUGAUCAGGAGGGCAGGAAGAGGUCUUUUAUGUAUCCUGACAAUAGUCGGAAUUUAGUUGAACAUCGUAGGAGUAUAGACACCAAUCGGUUUAGGCAAAAUGGGGGGAAUUCUGGUGCACUAUUGAGAAGACCUACAAAGGAACGAACUGCCCAAACAUUUUGAUAAUCUGUUUGGGAUGUAGAUUUAAUUAGUGCCAGCGCAAAGCAAAUGCAAAGAAAAAAGAGCUAGAUUUUUUGUU